UCUCCCAACUAAUUCCACUCAUUAAUCGCCUAAUCCGACGACUGUCAUUCUCUCACCUCCGUCGUUUCCUGAUCGACCCCGUUAUCAGGUCCACUCUUUGAAUCCAUUUGGUCCGACUUUAAUACCAGUCCGGCAUCAUGGCUUACCAGAAGCGCCCUACGUCCAGCUAUCAGCCCUGCGAUACUUUCUUCGUGGAAUCCUACGACGAGUUUCCUGCGCCGCGCAUGGAUCCCAAAGAACACGCAAAGUUGAUGGCUCGCGAGCGUCAGUACGCCAUGGCGGAACAGCUGUCCAAGAUUACUAGCGACGAAUUCCGUGAUGACGUUCUGGCGCACAUGCUGGACAUGGAUGCUGCUACACUUCCAGAUGUUGAGUCGAUCGACAUCCAGACCGAGAUCCAGUGGUUCAUGCGUCCAUACCUCCUCGACUUCCUGAUCGAAGCCCACACUGCUUUCCAGCUCUUGCCGUCAACCCUGUUCCUGACCAUCAACCUGCUCGACCGGUACUGCUCGAAACGGGUCGUCUACAAGAGGCACUAUCAGUUGGUUGGGUGCGCCGCCUUGCUCAUCGCAUCCAAGUACGGCGACAAGAAGGACCGCGUGCCGACCAUCAAAGAACUCAAGUCAAUGUGCUGUUCCUUGUAUGAUGACGACAUGUUCAUCCAGAUGGAAUGGCAUGUGUUGCAGACUCUGGGAUGGACCAUCGGACACCCGACGGUGGACAACUUCCUCCAAAUGGCCGUGAUGGACUGUGCGUAUGAUGCUGAAGUUGAGCACUUGGCAUUGUACAUUUCGGAAAUCUCCCUAUUCCAUCGGGACUUUGUCUCCAAGCCCUCGUCUGAUUUGGCCCGGGCCUCGCUAGCUCUCGCGCGGUGCAUCCUGAACCGGACCCAGCCCCGUCACACAGAAUGGGCAUCCCAGUACGACUCAAUGACGCUUGUGGGCUUGUCGCAGCAGCUUCACCAACCCUCCCAGGUGCUCUCCAGGAAGUACUCCUCGGCUCACUACUCCCGUGUGUCCAAGGUGCUCGAGCAAUUCCUCGCUCGUCAAGCGUCGAUUGCAAGCUACACGCCGCCCAGCCCGCAAACGGAAGUUGUCCAACCCGAGCCCAAGCCAUACGAGGGCGAGAUUGGGCUUGCUACACCGCAGAAAGCCAAUCAAUCAUCAACCAUGGCGCACGGUUAUAUCACGCCGCCAAUCACACCCGAGAACGAGGUCUUUGCCAACGGUGGCAAUCCCACCUUUGCCAAAGGGGCAGCAGCAGCAGCAGCUACUGCUUGCUCGCCAUCGCCGACGCCGCCCAGCAUGCAGUAUGUCAACUCGCACGCCUACACGCAGGAGGCCACGUACCCCCAACAAUUUCUCCAGCCCCAAAUGUCCUUCAGCACCGGUUACUGAACCGGACUUGGGAGAUUGAGGAAGUUUCUCGUCAAUAAUAUACCAACAUAUUGCUCGAUACCUACAUCCGAUGUAUUUCGCAUCUUGUGCCAUAGCCGCCAAUCUGGUUUCCUUGUCUGAACCAAUUCCGUGGUUCGCCAGUUACCAUACAUAAUUGGAUUUUCGCCUUCAAUUUCGUUCUACUUUCGUCUUGUUCCUUGUCUAAAAAUUGCAUACCCCAUCUCCUUGUGUUCCGCAUAUUUUCUCUUGGGUGAACCCAGUUG